GCCAUGGCAACAGAAGACAAGAAGCCAGAGACUGACACAAAGCCUCCGGUGGCGACAACAACAUCCACUCAGAAUAAGUCAACUCCCUCCAAGCCCAAUUACGGAUUGAAGUUUACGCUAGCAGGCCACACUAAAGCUGUGUCCUCUGUCAAGUUCAGUCCUAGUGGAGAGUGGCUGGCCAGCUCCUCUGCAGAUAAACUCAUCAAAAUCUGGGGCGCUUAUGACGGCAAGUUUGAGAAAACCAUAUCAGGACACAAACUUGGCAUAUCUGAUGUGGCUUGGUCCUCGGACUCCAACCUUCUGGUGUCUGCGUCUGAUGAUAAGACCUUGAAGAUCUGGGAUGUCAGCUCGGGAAAAUGCUUAAAGACCUUGAAAGGUCACAGCAACUACGUGUUCUGCUGCAACUUCAACCCGCAAUCCAAUCUUAUUGUGUCGGGAUCAUUUGACGAGAGUGUGCGAAUAUGGGACGUGAAGACUGGAAAGUGUUUGAAAACACUUCCCGCUCAUUCAGACCCCGUCUCUGCUGUCCAUUUCAACAGAGAUGGCUCUCUGAUUGUGUCCAGCAGCUAUGAUGGACUUUGCCGAAUUUGGGACACAGCAUCUGGGCAGUGCUUAAAAACACUCAUAGAUGACGACAACCCUCCGGUGUCGUUUGUCAAGUUUUCUCCCAAUGGGAAAUACAUCCUGGCUGCGACGCUGGAUAACACACUGAAGCUGUGGGACUAUAGCAAAGGAAAGUGCUUGAAAACGUACACGGGCCAUAAAAAUGAGAAGUACUGCGUAUUUGCCAACUUCUCCGUCACUGGUGGAAAGUGGAUCGUAUCGGGCUCUGAGGACAACAUGGUGUAUAUCUGGAACCUGCAGACAAAGGAGAUCGUGCAGAAACUGCAGGGCCACACAGAUGUGGUCAUUUCCACCGCCUGCCACCCGACAGAGAACAUCAUCGCAUCUGCCGCACUAGAAAAUGACAAAACCAUCAAGCUUUGGAAGAGUGAUUGCUAA